GACGGGGAGGCGAGUUCCUCGCAGUUGGUGAGUAACACUGCGUGUCAUUCAUGUGCUCAGUGCGUGGAGCUCGGUCGGUGCACCCGCGGCCCGCCUGGUCGAGGUGUGUGGCCACUGCUCCAGAUGCUGAGGCUCCUGUGUCCUUGGAAGAGGCGGGGACCCGGCGCGGGCUGGAGCAGCCUCUAUCUUCUGAAGCGCUGUCUGUGCACCAUGAAGUUGCAGUCUCCGGAAUUCCAGUCCCUUUUCACAGAAGGACUGAAGAGUCUGACAGAAUUAUUUGUGAAAGAGAAUCAUGAGCUGAGAAUAGCAGGAGGAGCCGUGAGGGAUUUGCUGAAUGGGGUGAAACCUCAAGAUGUUGAUUUUGCUACCACUGCCACCCCAACCCAAAUGAAGGAGAUGUUUCAGUCAGCCGGCAUCCGGAUGAUCAACAACAAGGGAGAGAAGCACGGAACAAUCACAGCCAGGCUUCAUGAAGAAAAUUUUGAAAUUACCACACUAAGGAUCGAUGUCACAACCGACGGAAGACAUGCUGAGGUAGAAUUCACAACUGACUGGCAGAAAGAUGCCGAACGCAGAGACCUCACUAUAAACUCCAUGUUUCUAGGCUUUGAUGGUACUUUAUUCGAUUACUUUAAUGGCUAUGAAGAUUUAAAAAAUAAGAAAGUUAGAUUUGUAGGACAUGCACAUCAAAGAAUACAAGAAGAUUAUCUUCGGAUUUUAAGAUACUUCAGGUUUUACGGCAGAAUUGUGGACAAACCUGGUGAGCAUGACCCUGAGACUUUGGAAGCAAUUGCCGAAAAUGCAAAAGGCUUGGCUGGAAUAUCAGGAGAGCGGAUUUGGGUAGAAUUGAAAAAAAUUCUUGUUGGUAACCACGUAAACCACUUAAUUCACCUAAUCUAUGAUCUUGAUGUGGCUCCUCAUAUAGGUUUGCCUACACCCUCAAGUUUAGAAGAAUUUAACCAAGUCAGUAAAAAUGUUGAAGGUUGCUCAGCAAAGCCAAUGACCAUCUUGGCCUCACUGCUGAAAGUACAAGAUGAUGUCACAAAAUUGGAUUUGAGGUUGAAGAUUUCAAAAGAAGAGAAAAACCUUGGCUUAUUUAUAGUUAAAAAUAGGAAAGACUUAGUUAAAGCAUCAGACAGUUCAGAACCAUUGAAACCCUAUCAAGACUUCAUUAUAGAUUCCAGAGAGCCAGAUGCAAGUGCCCGAGUAUGUGAGCUGCUGAAGUACCAGGGUGAACGCGGUCUCCUGAAGGAGAUGGAGCAGUGGUCCAUCCCCCCCUUCCCCGUGAGCGGACACGACAUUAGAAAAGUGGGCAUUUCUUCUGGGAAGGAAAUCGGUGCUUUGUUACAGCAACUGCGUGAACAGUGGAAAAAAAGUGGCUACCAAAUGGAAAAAGAGGAACUCCUAAGUUACAUAAAGAAGACCUAGAAUGACCUGGUACUCAAAAGGGAUAAACAUUUGGUAAGACUGGUCGUCUUCCCCUGUCUGAGAUUUAAGAAGCUAUAGCAGAGUUAAAAGAGAAAAAUUUUCUUACUUUGUGAAACUGCAUUUCAGGUACUGACUUGAAAUGGAGUCUACCUCCUCUUAAUAUGAUUGUAUCAAUGAAUCCUAGAAUGCUUUUGGAGUAGGUUCUGACUUACCUGUCUAUGCUUUUUAAAUAAAAAUGGUUUUUCCAUAGGGAAAAA